UGCUAUCUAGUAAUCUGGAUGUGGCACGUCUCGGCGGCCAUGUUAAAAAAAAAUCAACAAGGGCCAAGCCUCGCCUAUUACGUACGAGAGAGAGAGAAAGAAAACAUGCCUAGCCCAUUGCUUUAGCAUAAACUCUUUCACACAGCUGGCCAACUCAAACAUGGCGGACGUCGCUAUCGAAUGCGGCCAUCGCGUAGCAAGGCGAGAGAGAGAAAAAGGCGUACUGUAUCUAGUCUAUUAGUAUAAAUCUAUGGUUCUUCCACAGAGGACAUCGGAUUUGCCACUGGCACCCUGGAGUUGGUGGAGGAAAACUAUAAUUAAUUAUGGCGACGGCUCCCAGAAAAAUUCUCAUUGCCAUGGACGGCAGCAAACACUCCCAAUAUGCGUUUGAUUAUGAUCACUGUUCUUCUCCGGCACCCCCAGGGUUUAUGCAAUACUUCUACAAAGAUCGUGAUGAAGUCUUGAUCGUUUACUCUGCUGAGCACGGGAGGUUGAUCAAAGGUCGAGUCCUUCGUGUGUCGGGCGCUAAGCCUGGGGAGUUAAUAGUGAAGGCGAGCGAGGAGAACAAAGUGGACAUGAUCAUCACGGGCACUCGUGGUCUGGGCUCUGUUCGCCGGACUCUGAUGGGCAGUGUGAGUGGCUACAUCGUGCACCACUCCAAGAUACCCGUGCUUGUGGUCAGGGGCGAGUAGAGGGUG